CGUAAAGCAGAUACAGAAGAAGAAGAAGAAGAAGAAGAAGAAGAAGAGGAAGAAGAGGAAGAGGAAGAGGAAGAGGAAGAGGAAGAGUUUGGUUGUGGAAAGCAAGAACAGUGAGGCAAACUGUGAUUGAUCAACAACAGUGAGUCUGCAGACCAACAAAGACAACAUGGACGCUACAACAGCAGCACAAACAUGAAGGAGAACCAGGAAAUGAGUAGGGGGAAAUGCAACUCUACCAAGCCACGGCCGAGCAUCGCCGCAACGUGUAGUUACAUUUUUCAUCAGGUUAUUGAUUUAGCCGACCUGCUGAUUCUUGUUAAGAUGUGUGAUCAGAAAAAUUGUGGUGACCAAGGUGAGAUGUUAAACACUGAUGAUGUGGACGAGCUGUCGGCCAGUGAUGAAUCUGAGCCUGAAGAACGACCAAGCAUUGCUCCCUUUGACCCAGAGCUGAACGAUGAUGAUGAUGAUGAUGAUGAUGAUGAUGAUUAUCGUGGAGAGGUUGAGAUCUCUGCUCUAGCUGGACACCGAGCUCAGAGUUCCUUCAGUCUGAGAGGAGGGAGCUCAGCUUUCUCAACCCGUAGCCACAACAUCUUUGAAUGCCUGGACAGCGUUGCCCGGCCAACCACCUCCUCUCUGAGCCACGAUAACGUUACUGACGGAGUAUUUGCUCGGCCUCUGCCUCCACAUCCCAGCAGAAAGACAAGUCAGCCUCUGGCCAACUGCCCCACACCAGCAAAGAAAAAAGGAGUUCCGGACUACCUGGUGCACCCUGAGCGCUGGACCCGCUACAGUCUGGAAGAAGUGACAAUGACCUGCGACAAGGGCAACAGAAGGGUAGCUCACAACUUCCUCUCUAGUCUGCAGCAGAGGAAAGAGCUGCAGGAGAGUGGGAGUGAUUCCUCCUGUGACAUCCAGCAGAAGAUUAUCUUCUCCAGACCCAGCGGGCUGCUGAUUGAACAACCUGCUGAACAGCUGUCAGCUGUUGGAGGCAAAGAGGAGACACACCUUAGUCAUCUGGAGGAGGAUGACGAGGAUGAAGAGGGCAUGGAGAAAGCCAGAAACCAGAGUGUAGAAAAAGCUGAGGAAAGGGCAAGAGAUGAAGAAAAAGACAUGAGGGGAGUUUUGGAUCGACCAGAGGAGAAGAAACCGGUGCAAAAACAAAAAGAGGAGGAAGAGGCCAACCCCGCCUUUACCUCCUUCAGGAAGACCAAGCGUAACAACUACAGGAAAAGCUCAGGGCGAGAUGAUAACUAACCACGACACAGCUCUUUGCUGCCUCAUCACUUUGUCAAAAUAGUACAAACCGCAUAUGUAAAAAACAUGUUAAGUAAAAAACAUUGUUGUCCAUUUAAAUGUGCUGACUUUACUGUACUCAGUCCAAAGCCGAGCACAGCGCAAGCGGGAGGAUUUUGGAUUGAGCCCAGAGCAGAUUUUUCAAAUGUUGGAGUGUCUCCUUAUCACCCACUCCAUCCCGCUCCAAUUUUGCUGCAGUACUGCUCACACCACGAGUUCGAAGCAUCCCCAAGCCCGUCUUCGUGUUACUGCAGCAUAUGCAGAUGAACGGUGCCCGUCCGCCCUCCCUCCAAAUGCCGCCAGUGCCUGUCAUACGGUGGACUUUUUGCUGGAGGAGCUCCAGGCAUUAAGGGAAGGUGGGCUCCGUUCAUCUAAUAAAUACAAUGCAGCUUUUUUCCUUUUUUGGAGCGAGUGGUUGAGCGAUUUGAGUAAAGCGAGGUGAAAUCUGAGUGGAGCGCAGAGCAAUACUGAGCAAAGUGGCCGGGAGCGGCUUUGAGCGAGGAGUGGAAAUUCUCACUGCUCCAAUGAUGCUCUAUACUCAACCAAACCUCAAACUGAUGAAGAGCAAUUAAACAGCAGGCUCAGAUGCAGUGUUUUGCUGACCCCUGUCCCACACCUAACUUCACCGAUGGUUAUGAUUGGAAAUGUGUUCUGCUGCACCUGUAACAACACCAAAUAAUGAACUAUAGAAUAAACUGUUAGUUUAUCUGUUCUUUUGUUAGCAUGCAAGCUAACUAGCUUACCCCACUGUGAAGUAAGCUAGUUUUCAUUUCAGGUGGCAACAUCAACAGCUAAAAGUCAGCUAAAAGUGAGAAGCUGCUUCUGGAACAUCUAAGACCCGUUGUUUGAAAAUGACUGAAUUGUGAUGGUAAAUCUGCUGCUUUUAUUGUAUUGUAAAUGUGUUGAUUGACAGUCUAGUAACAAUAACUAAGGGGUAGCAAGGCUGAGUAAUUCCAAAUCAGCCUGAAAGACAAACGUGAAAACACUUUCUUUUAAAAAUAAAUAAAAGAAUCAACAUGAGGGCAGGAGUGUUAAGUCCUGUUUACACUCAAGGAAUCUAGAAGUUUCUUUGUUUACACUCAGCUGGUCAAACUGAGGAGGGAAAUUAGAACUAGUGUAGACAUUUAAAGCUGGUCUUUAUCCAGAUUUGAUUUACAUUUUUUGUAGCAUGUUAUGUAUUUUGGUAUUUCUCAAUUCUCAAUCUUAAAUAAAAAUAUUGAUUUGUAUUAUUUA